AACCAAUCUCCCGGCCCCGAGAGCCGAGAGGCUGAGAGGUCAAGAGUAGGCUGAACCCGCCCACACACACCCAUCGUUCCUCACCAACCCCUCCACUCGUCUAUCACCUCACGAUCAUGGGCAGGUCACGGGUGGAAGGCCUCAUCCCCUUCAUCUACAAGGCCAUCAAGGACCACCGCCGGAGCAGCAGCCGGGCCGCCUACCGGGGCGCGGAGGCGGAGGACGACGUGGACCUCGGCGACACGGACCAGAGGCGGCGCUGGCUGGAGCAGGAGCUGCGGUCACCGCUCAACGCCGCCGCCGCCCCGGCGUCGGCACAGGGGCACGGGCGGAACCGGUCGCUGGAGGAGCUGGCCGGCCAGGUGGGGCUCUCGCCGGGACGGCGGCUGCCGCUGCCCAAGGCCAGGAGCGUCCGCGCCUUCGCCUGCAUCGGCGCCGGCGCCGCGUGACCGCCGAACACGUACGUGCGUGCUUACGCGUACGCGUAGCCGUAGUCCGGUAGAUGCGUGCUUUCGAUUCAUGCUUUGUGUGUCAAGUGCAGCAGUAGUACAAGUUUUGGUUGAAGCUGUGCAUACUAAGGAUGGCAAUGGGUAGGGUAUGGGGCGGGUAGAGCAAUACUAUACCCAUACCCGUGUAGUUAAUGGGUACAAAAUUCUAUCCAUACCCGUACCCGUGAGUAUGAUACUUUACCCGUACCCUUACCCGACGGGUACCCAAACCCAUUGGGUACCCAAUGGGUAGAUCAAUUAGUACACAAGUUAUUCACAAUUUUACAUUCAUCUAUAGCACAUUUGAUAAAAAAAACAAUUGAUCUCAACUAAAUAACAAAUAGCCGAGUACAUGAAAAUUAUCUCAAUUUAAAUUGACAAUUAGUAAAAACUUAAACAUAGGUCCAUAGGCUCACAACAGAACUUUAACAUAGGUAUACUUGUGAUUGUGAAUCACGGGUAAGAUUCACAUGUCGGUAUUAAAUGGGUAGGGUAUGGGUAUAUCCAUGGGUAAAAGGCUAUACCCGUGCCCUACCCAUGAAUUAACGGGUAGGAUAUAGGUACUAACCGUGGGUAUAAAAUUGUGCCCAUACCCUGCCCAUGCGGGUACGGUACCCGCGGGUACCCAUACUCAUGGGUAAAAUUGCCAUCCUUAAUGCAUACGAGUGAUUUAGUUCUAUUUCUACAUGACAUGAGUUGGAGAUUGUAAACCAACAGAUACUUCUCGUUUCAAUUUUGUUUCACAAGUCCUCGUGUUAUUCUUAGAGAUAUAGCCACCACUUAGCUUGAUACUAGCAAAUAUGCCCGUGCGUUGCAACGGAAGAAAAACUAUUAGAUUAUGCACGUGCAAUAGAUAUAAAAAAAAUCUGAACCAAAUGCUAGGAUGAGAUAAGGACUUUUAGAAUGUAAUUUCAUAAAGUAUGUCUGGGUGAUGUCAUGACGAGAUAAGGGACUUUUAAAAAGUCAUUUUAAAAAUAAAAAAUGUGAUGGUCUCAUCAGGAUUUGAUUUUCUAACGCGUCAUAACGAAAAAAAAUGUCGGUGAUAAAACUGCAUUGAUGGACACUGCAUGAGCUAGACCGAUGAGUGAGUGCCUCGCCUUGCCCUAGCGUGGCGGUGUUUAAUAAUUAGUAAUGUGGUACAAAAAAAUAUAGCUGUGUAUGAAGGCAAAAUAGAAAUUUAGUCAUUUUUAUAUAGCUUACAAAAAUUAACCCUUAAAAAGUUGUGUCAAUUUUUGAGGGCUCAGCGGUGUACAAGACAUGGAAAACCUUUUUUU